UCAAUCACAAAUCAGAAGAACUGUACUCCCCCCCCACACACCUCCCUCCCCCGCGUGGACACACACACACGCCCGCGCGCAUGCUUCUCCUUGUGUCUCCAUAGACUAGGUGGAUGAUCCCUGGCGUUAGCGGGUGGAGGCCGCCGCUUGAGCCAGCGGAAGGGUAAAUCGGCGUCCCGGCUGCUGUUCGUUGUGGUCAACGUGGAUUGUGGAGCUUUCGCGAGGUGCCGCCAGCGGAGAGAUCUGCGCUUGUGCGGCGGCAAUAGCAGCAAGCGAGGAAGCAAUAGCGGCAGUCGCUUCUUUUUCGCUUUACUUUGACUGCCCGCAGAAGCGACAUCAUGCCGAAGAGAAAGUCUCCAGAGGGUGCUGAAGGCAAGGAUGCUGCAAAACUAACAAAACAAGAGCCAACAAGACGAUCUGCAAGAUUGUCAGCUAAACCAGCUCCACCAAAACCUGAGCCAAAGCCAAGGAAAACCACUAAGAAGGAACCUGGAACAAAGGCUAACAGAGGUGCUAAGGGGAAGAAGGAUGAAAAGCAGGAAGCUGCAAAGGAAGGUACUACACCAUCUGAAAAUGGUGACAAUAAAGCUGAAGAGAUUCGCAUCUCUCGCUCCACUGUUAGUGUUUCAACAUCCAGAGGUGCCCCACCCAGCACACUGUCAGUAAAAGGGCAGAUUGAAACAGUGAAAGUUAAGGGUACAGAGAACUGAAUCGAUAGAUGACAAGUGUGCCUGAACUGACAUGAACGUUUGAGGGUGAUUUUAUGUACCUCUAGACAACUUUUAAAAAAUAUUUUUAUCAAGUAUUUUGUAAAUGCUAAUUUUUUUAGGACUUAAAAUAAGUUGACAAACUGUAUAUGAACAUUUCUUCCUUCCAUACCCAUGCUUCUAGAAAUUCCCAAUGUUGCCAAGUUUUAAAAAAGUAUCAACUUAACAUUGGAAAAAAAGUGUUUGUAAGAUUGGACCAGCAUUCCAUAUACUUGCUUUUCAGAAAUGUAAGUCUCAUGCAUAUGGUGAAGUUUUUACCGUGGGUGUUUGGAUUUUCUUGCAGUUUUUUCUAGAGCAAUAAUCCGUGGUGCUUUUGUACUUAAGGUUUCUGCGAUUUUAAUGAAACAUGUAUAGAUAUGGCCACCUGCCAACUAUUUUGGGUUCUUUUGAUUUGUUUAAAAUUACAAAAUCCUUUUCAGCAAGUAUAAUUUCCCAAUAUUUUCACUAAAUCUAACAAAUGCCUUAUAAAUACAUAGCUCUGGUUGGGAGGAUACUAAGCACACUUAUUUAGUAAAUAUGUUCCAUAGAUUUCAGGACCAGAGUUCGAGCCCAGGGAAGGCAGUGAAACUUGCACCAUAAUCCUAAACACACUUACUUGGUAGUAAGGGUCAUGGUUAAGAACCAGAGAAUUAAAAUACAAAAUAUUCCAAGUAAGUGGGUUUUAGGUAAAAUCAAAGCACUUCAUGAUCUCUGUGGAGCACUCGUGAUAUGUGCUAAAUAAUAUGUUUAAAAAUUCACAUAUUCAUACCUGCACAACUUGUGUCACAUUGUGCCAUAAGUAGCCCACCAGUCAUACUUUGCACUGUGCCAGGUAUUCAGAAAACCUAUCCCCAUUUUUGCGGUCUUCUACUCGAAACCAGAGAGCUUAUUGAAUCCUCAUAGGCUACCAUGGCUGGGUGGGUCACGUGUAGUCCAUGGUCUGACAUUUUAGCAAAAGGUCUAAAAUGUCCAGGGUCUAAUACUAAGAGAUUUUUUUCAGCAUUUUUUUUUUUGCUGCUCCAACAUAAAUAGACUUUAUGGUACUAUGACAGCAGAAACUGAGCUAGAAAACUUAAUUUCUGUCUUGGUUAAGAGACACAGCUCUGAUUUCACAUCUUCUCUUAACCAUACCCCAGCUUUGAGUAAACAUCAAGGACUCUGAAACUGUAAUUUCUGUCUGCUCCAAUUUUAAUCUAAAUUUGGCAAUUUCACUUUUUUUGUUAAAGGAGUGGAGGUUAAUGUAUCAAAAUGGAGAUUAAACAGCACCAUGUGGUAGUUGGUAGAGAUUAUGAAGCUGACAUAUUUUAAGAGGUCUGUGGUUGUAAUGGUGUUGUUAAAUUAGUGAAAUGAUUCCUAGUAGUCAUGUUAACACUUCUUUGGCCCAUUAAAAGCACUUGGUCAUUUUUCCUCUCUAUUUUUAUCCCUUUUGCCUGGAACUUGAAUAUUUCUAUUGUUUGUGGAGUGGGAGGGGAAAUAUUUCUUGUAUUUUAAUAACAUUUAUUUUUAUUGCUGCACUGGUGGCCAUAAUGUCUAGGAAUAUAUGCAUGUUUCCCUCAAUAAAUGAAGUAAUUAUCACCUAA